AUGGAUAAUUACACGAUUGCUAUACACUUCAAGAACAACCCGAGCAAGAUGAUAGGGACCUUUCUUUCUAACGAGGGCGAGAUGGUGAAGCUGGAGAAUGCAUUCUUUGAAAACAAUCCGGGGAUCGUGUUUCCCACGAUCUCCAUUUCCGAAAGUGACAUAAUCAUAGUGAAAAGGAUGGAAAAGAGGCUUGAGGGAAAGGAAAACGAAGGAAUGCAUUCUGGAGAAGUAGAGAGAGAUAGUGCAGAGGCUAAUGAUUCUGAGGUGGGCACAUUCAAAACAGACGCCCAGAUUUCUGGAACGCCAGGCGAGGUAGGGGCAAAAGAGGUUUCAGCUGAGGGUGUAAGCACUGAGAUUCUUCCAGGAGAGGAAAGCAAGGACUGGAACCAGUUUGAGGCGAACUCAAAACUUUUCAAUAUAGACAACAAGUUUGAUGAGGAGGAAUACAUGGAUGUCCUUGACAAAAAUUCUGAGUGGUACAAGAGCAAGCUUCUGAUGGCAAAAAGGAUUGAGAGGGAAAUAAUGUCGUCGACAACCACGGAUCUCCACCGGCUUGAAGAGCGGGGACUUGUAGGAUCUCCUGAGAAUGAGGAUGUGUAUUCAACUGUUGUCAGAGAAGAAUCCAAAGCAAGGAACAAGGGUGUAUCGCAAGUGGAGAAUCAAAGCAAAGAAGCCCAUGCGGUUGCCGAGCCCAGGAAGGACCGAGACGACGGGGGUAGAAGGAAGAUGAUAAUAGAGAUUGAGGGUUUGUCUCUAUCCGAGAACAAGGACGAGGGGCCUUUGAGCACGGAGAGUAGUAGAAAUGAGGAAUCGUCAAAUACUCAUGAAGAAAGAAAAGACACAAGGCCCAAGAAAAGUGUAAGGUAUGGAUGGAUGCACACAAAGUUUGACUCCUCCAAGAGCCUCCUUGGGAUGAUUAAAUCGAAGUUCAGGGACACUUUUGACAUAAAUGGAAGCGAUCUGAAGUGGGGAUCAGGGCUCACUUGGGAAAUAGUCGCGAAGAAUAUAGCCAAGAAGACUAAGAGUGGAAAGGCUUCGUCUGUAAGAAGGAUGCCUAAGAAAAGUCCUACUUCUAAAUAA